AUGUCCACCAGCAACCCACUCGCCAGCACAGACAAGGCCGCCCGCGAGAUCCCCCCGUCCCAACGAGUCUUGCUUCUUCACGGUCCUCGUCAGCCGUACCACGUGACGCACGACUAUGCCGUUCCGCAGCUGCACCACGACCGCGAGAUCCUGGUGCGGACGGCCGUCAUUGGCCUCAAUCCCAUCGACUGGAAAUCGCCCGACUUCAACUUUGCCAUUCCCGAGCUGCCGUACAUUGCGGGACGGGAGUGUGCCGGGGAGGUUGUGCAGCUAAAGACGAGAGUCGAAACGAGCAGUGUCCAAGGCUUGAGCGAGGCAAGUAAGGCAGAUGGCUUGCUGUCACCAGAGGUCCCGUCCGCCGCAGAAGAUGCAGAGGCGGACGUUGUCAUCGACGUUACAGACAAUACGGCAUCCACCAACGUCCAUGGCAAGGACACGCCCAUCCCGGCCGUCGAGCCCAUCAUCCACACCUUCUUGACCAACGAUGCGUCGGCUGCGAAGAGAGUGUCUGUCGUCAACGCUGUCGAGGUGGACGACAAGACAGGCGCUCCCCUUGGCACGUCCUCCAGCACAUCCACGUCUGGCCGCAUCACCACGGGCGACCGCGUCCUGGCCAUCUCGACCGACUACCGCGACCUCCGCAAGGGCGCCUACCAAGAGUACGUCGUCGUGUGGGACUACAACACGGUCCGCCUGCCGCCGCACGUGUCCUGCGAGGCCGGUGCCACCAUGGGCGUGGCCUUUGUGGCGGCCGUGCUGGCCCUCGGCGUCAACCUCGGCGUCGACUUUUCGUCUGUCGCGGGCGGGCCCGACCUGCUGUCGAUUGUCCGCCGGCUGCCCCCGGCGGCGCUGGCCGCGGACAUCCGCGACGAGUGCGUGCGCGGCAUCGGCACCUCCGACCGCGCCCGGGCCGGCGACUGGCUCGCCAUCUGGGGCGCGUCGUCGACGUCGGCGCACAUGGCCAUCCAGCUGGCGCGGCUGGCGGGGCUGCGCGUGGCCGCCGUCGUGGACACGGCCAAGCACGGGUGGCGGCUGGCGCGGAAAGACGGCGCGGACGAAGAAGACGAAAAGGAAAAGGGCUGGUGGCAGCCGGACUGGGUGGUGGACAGCCACGACCCGGCACGGGCGGUCGCGGUGCUGCGGGCCAACCUCGGCAGCCGCCUGCGGUUCGGCUUCGACACGCGCGGCCGGGACACGGCGGCGUGGCUGCUGCAGGCCCUGGCCGGGGGUGACCCGACCGCCGCAAGCAACAAGAAGGCGACGGCGUCGUCAUCGACCUCGGCCUCGGGCCGCACCACCCCACGGAGCAGCCCGCCGUCGCCGCCGGCCACGCCACGGGGCGACAACAAUGUGGUGGCCCCCAUUUCCGACAUGGCCGACGCGGACGAUCUUGCUGUGGAACAGACCCCGGCCCCGAAAAGCCACCUGGUGGGGCUGACCGGCCUGCCCAAGGGCACGCCGCCCCCGCACACCGUCUUCCACAAUGUGCCCAUCAAACUCUUCCACGAAGUGCCGGCAGUGGGCGAGGCCCUGUCGUCCUGGCUGGAGCGCCUGCUGGCCGCCAAGAAGCUGGUCCCGCCCGUGGUGGCGGGCGUCGAGGACGGUCUCGAGCGCGUCAAUGCAGGCCUGGACCGCCUGCGCGCUGGCGAGAUCAGCGGCGGCCGGCUGGUGGUACGGCUCGAGGGGCGCACAUAA